AAUAUUCCCAAAUUAUACGUUCAACAUCUACAUCGCAUCUCGACGCACCUAUUUAUAAGUUCCAGUGUGUUCGCCGCUGAAAUUCCGCAGCUAGUCGCUAACAACGCGCGUCCGACAUCGUGUACUGAAUAAAUUUUUUCAAUCGGUUUUAUAAAAUAACGGUAUUGAAAAUAAUGAUAAGUUGAUUUCGGGAGUGCUGUGUUUGGUGAUUAAUUUUUAAAACACCAAAAUGCCAAUUGGGAACGUGAGCAGAGAGACGGCCCCAAAAAGGGAAACUUUUAGACCGCCAUGGGUUAAAGAAAAGGAUACAGAGGCUCCUCCGGCUUGGAUGCAGAAAAAACUAAAACCUGUGGAGAGUACUACAAAGAGUGUGGAUGGUGACAAUUCACCCGCACCAAUCGCGAAACCGCUGAAACCGGUUCUGAAAAAGCAGUCAACUAUUAGAGAAAAAGCUGAAAACGGAGUUUCAGAACAAACAGAAGAGAAAUUGGUCAAGCCAUCUGCGGCAAAGCAAACCGACAGAGCAUCAAAGUCUGAAGAAAAACCGAAAUUGAUUAAACCUUCGUCUAAGCUUAACGAAAAACCAAGUGCAUCAGAGGACAAAAUUAUUAACAAUAAAGCUCCAGAAAAAUCAAUUCUUAAAAGUGUUAGAACUAUUGAUGACAAAGGUAGAGAUAAGUCCGUUAGUAUUGUUGAUAAGAAAACGCUAGACAAAAAUGAUACGACGAAACAAAAUAAUGCGGUGAAUGACAAAGACACUAAAACAAUUAAUAACAUAAAGGAUAGAAAAAAGGAUAAAAUAAUAGAAAAACCCAAAUCAGACGAUAAAUCAGCUAAAACUUUUAAUAAUACGCCCGUUCAAGAUAUUAAAAAAGUUGAAAAAGUUACAGAAAAACCAAAAGAGCUAGAAAAGACUGAGUCUAACAUGGCUACAAAACCACCGACACCUGCUGAGAAAACCCCUUCUAAGCUUCCUCCACGCAAGCCAUCAUUACAAAAAGCACCUUCAAAGGAUGAUGUCGCACUGAAAAAAUGGAGGGAUCCUUUACACGAACGGGUUAAAGAAAAUAUUGAUAAAACCUUGGCUAAUGAAAUACCAAAAGGACAUACUUUAACUAAAAAUGAGAGCUUAAGAAGCUUAUUAAAACCUACACCACCACCAAUGCCGCCGCCAUUGCCACCUAAACUUCCACCGCCACCGGAAUUUAAAAAGGCACCCAUUGACCCUUCUAAAUUGAAAAAAAUCGAACAACUUAAAAGUAGGCCUAGAAAGAGGCCUGACUGGAGCGAUAUGAUGAAGGAGGUAGAACAAGGAAAGAAAUUACGACAUGUUGAAUGCAAUGAUAGAUCACAACCUAUCAUAACUCGAUCAGUAGUGGUAAAAAAUAAAGGACAAUUUAUAUUUGAGUCCGAAAAGCCAAAUUCCCACAAUGAGCUUCUUAAAGAAAUAUCAAAAGGUGUAAAACUAAAGAAAGUAAGGACAAACGAUAGGAGUAAACCAAACUUAGAAGGGUUAAGGAAAUUCCGUAGACAAAUGACAAUAGAAGAACAGGUGCAAAAGUCUAUGUCACAGGCUAAUCUUGCUGCUUCUCCAUCAGGCGUAUCCAUAGCAGAGGCACCUCCAGGUGUUGAAGAGGAUGAAAUUGAUGAGAUGGACGACAUUGAUAAAGUUAGAGAUGAUCUUCAGUCUACUAAGCAACUUUUAGCUAUUGAACUUAGAAAUAAAGAAGCGCAAGAAAGAGAAAAUAAGCGCUUACUAACUAGAAUACAGAAUCUUGAAGCGGAACUGGCAAGGGAACGUGCUAUAAUAAAACAAGAACAACACAAGACUGUCAUAUCUGUUACAGACGCGUACGAUGAACGAUUAGUUAAUAAUCUUAAAAUGGAAGUUGAAAAAGCAAAAGAAACGGCUGAUAAUUUAGAAAAGCAAUAUUUAGAAGCAGCCGAAGAGAGAGACACUGCACAAACAGAGUUAGAAGAAAUGAAGAGAAGAAACGCAGAACUAGAGAAAAAAUUAGAACAAGCUCUUUCAGGUAAAAUUGAGGAACUAAUGAAUUCGGAGGAGCCCUUAUCUUUUUAUCAAAAAAGUCAACUUGACUUUUUAAAACAGUGUAGGUUAUUGAACAUCGAUGUUGACUGUCCCGAAGCCGAAAAAUUAAGGAUAACCCUUGCUGAUGCUAAUAAUACUAAUAAUGCUUUUACUAAUAACUAUGAUGACGAGGGAAUCAUUCCUACGAAUGUAGGAUCAAGGCGUUCAAGUCACGCCAUCAAGCAGCUCUCCGUGACAAAGGAUGAGAGCUUUGAAGAAGAAGAUGAAUCGGAAGAAGAGGAGGAGGAGAGUGAAGAAAAGAAACAGAAACGAAUAGAAAAAGAAAUUCGCAAUAUGAGAAAUAAAAUCCGUCAUUUGAAAGAGAAACAAGACAAUAUGAAAAGAGAAAGAAUGGGAUAUAAAAUGGCACUUAAAAAUCAACAAGCAUGUCUUAAGGAAGAAAAACGAAAGUUUAAGGAGUUAAAGCGUGAAGUUGAUAAGAUGGCUGCAAUGAUGAAAGAAGUCGGGACAGAUGAAGAUGAAGACGAAGAAGAUGAAGAGGAGGAGUCUGAGGAAGAAAAGAAGAGUGAGACUGAAGAAGAAGAAACAGAAACUGAAACAGAACAAGAUACUGAAAGUGAAACAGAAAGUGAAAGUGAACCAGAGGAUGCACCGCUACCUAAAAAGAAAGAAAAUCUUACGAAACGGUUGAAGAGACAUGAAACGAGGGUAAAUGCCUUAAAGAAAGGCAACGCUCUUCUUAUGGCAAACGUCGAUCGACUAAAAGAUGAUGUUCUCAUACAGAAGGAAAAGUCGGUCUCACUUCAAAAAGAAUUGGACUCACUCAUUGAAGAUCUGGACUAAUAAAUUAAUAUUAAAACGAA